GUGACGAGUAGAGUGAGAGGGGAGCGCUGGCCGCGUUUAGCAUGCAAAAACAAUCGGAAUAAAUGGCGUAUUUUAAAAGGAAUAGAUGUCCUCCAGUACUGUAUUUAUCAGUACUUCUUCCAGUUUCUGGUGUUUUAUGUUUUAGUGAACUGUUUUUCUACAAGGAGCCACACGAUGUCAAUGUCAUGAGGAAAGAUCCAGUCAUUUUGGACUGUCAAGCCCGUGGGGACUUACCCAUAUCUAUGAAAUGGCUGAAAAAUGGAGUGAAAGUAUUGGAAAAUGACAGAGUGUAUGCUUUGUCCAAUGGGUCUCUUUACAUUGCCGAAGUGGAAAGUAAAGCAGGGGACAAGUCGGAUGAAGGUUUUUAUCAGUGCCUUGCCCAGAACAAAUAUGGAGCAAUCCUCAGCCAAAAAGCUCGCCUCACCAUAGCUAGCAUAUCUCCUUUUGAAAUCCAGCCUGUUUCUGCAGUAGUACAAGAAGGCUCUGUCGCCAGAUUUUCCUGCAAGAUAAGUGCCAGCCCUUUACCCAUUAUCACUUGGGAGUUCAAUCGUACAAUUCUACCGCUGUCCACAGAAAGGAUAACUGUUUUGCCCAAUGGAGUCCUGCAGAUUUAUGGGGUUCAACAAGGAGAUGCUGGAAAUUACCGGUGUGUGGCCACAAAUAUUGCCAACCGGCGGAGAAGCACAGAAGCAACCCUCACUGUUAUCCCAGUUACAGGAGCCAUUUUGCCACGAAAGCCCAGCAUCAUUGCAGGACCACAGAACAUCACAGCAUCUCUUCAUCAAAGUGCUAUCUUGGAGUGUGUUGCAAUUGGCAACCCAAAGCCCAUUGUUUCAUGGAGUCGUUUAGACCACAAGCCAAUCGAUGUAUUCAACACACGUGUUAUGGGCAAUGGGAACCUGAUUAUCUCAGAUGUGAAACUGGAACAUACUGGCAUAUACGUGUGUAGAGCUACCACUCCUGGGACACGUAAUUUCACAGUUGCCAUGGCACUGCUUACUGUUCUAGCUCCUCCAGCUUUCGUUGAAUGGCCUGAGAGCUUGACAAGGCCUCGGGCUGGAACAGCACGGUUUGUUUGUCAGGCUGAGGGCAUUCCUGCACCAAAGAUAACUUGGCUGAAAAAUGGUGAAAGGAUUCAUUCAAAUGGCCGUAUCAAGAUGUACAACAGUAAACUCGUCAUAAACCAGAUCAUUCCAGAAGAUGAUGCAAUUUACCAGUGUAUGGCGGAGAACGACCAGGGCUCCAUCCUCUCUACUGCCAGACUAAUUGUGGUCAUGUCUGAAGACCGGCCCAGUGCACCCAGGAGUGUGAGAGCUGAAUCUGUGUCUAGUUCAGCAAUCUUGCUGGCCUGGGACCGUCCUUUGUACAAUUCACAUAAAGUGAUUGCCUACUCUGUGCACUACAUGAAAGCCGAAGGCUUAAAUAAUGAGGAAUAUCAAGUUGUUAUUGGAAAUGACACAACCCGAUACAUUAUUGACGACCUGGAACCAGCCAGCAAUUACACAUUCUACAUUGUAGCCUACAUGCCCAUGGGAGCCAGCCGCAUGUCAGACCACGUGAUUCAACACACGUUAGAAGAUGUUCCUCUUCGUGCCCCUGAGAUCAGCUUGACGAGUCGCAGUCCCACUGACAUUGUAGUUUCAUGGCAGCCUAUUCCAGCAAAGUUCAGACGGGGCCGCAUUGUGGCAAUUCGCCUCUCUUUUCGUACCAGCACAGAGAAUGCUAUUAACACGCUAGAACUCCCAGGAAGCAUGUCUGAAUACCUGAUUGAAUCUCUGAUUCCAGACACCAUAUACCUAGUCCGCAUAGCUGCUGCCACAAGGGUUGGAUGGGGAGAGCAGUCUGCCUGGACAUCCCACCGAACUCCUAAAGCAUCCAACAUUAAAGUUCCUUUGGCACCAGAACUUCAUUUGGAACCAUUAAAUUGCACAACCAUCUUGGUGAGGUGGCAGCCUUCCCCAGUUAACAGAGCCAGCAUUCAGGGUUAUAAGCUGUUCUACAGAGAGGAGAGUCAACAGGAGAGAGCACCCAUCGAGCUACGAGCUAAAGAUUCACACCAUACUAUUGGUGGUCUAGACCCCAGAAGGAAGUAUCAUGUGAAACUUUUGGCUUACAGCUAUAUAGGUGAAGGCUAUCAAGCCGAUCAAACAGUCAGCACACCAGGAUGUGUCUCUGUCCGAGACCGAAUGGUACCACCUCCACCACCCCCUCACCACCUCUAUGCAAAAGCUAACAGCUCGUCAUCAGUCUACCUACACUGGGGAAGACCUGCAUUCUCAUCUGGGCAGGUGGUAAACUAUACUGUUCGUUGUAAUCCUGUUGGCCUUCAGAAUGCUUCCCUGGUUCUUUAUCUUCAAACGUCUGAAGCACACAUGCUUGUGCAGGAUCUGCAGCCUUUCACAAAAUAUGAGUUUGCCGUCCGUCUGCAUGUUGACCAGCUUUCCAGUCCCUGGAGCCCGGUGGUAUAUCAUACAACGCUCCCAGAAGUUCCAUCAGGUCCUCCCAUUGGUAUUAAGGUGACCCUAAUAGAAGAUGACACUGCUUUGGUUUCUUGGAAACAACCAGAAGAUCCCAAUGUCGUCGUCUCUCACUACACCAUACUCUAUGCCUCCAGAAAAGCUUGGAUUGCUGGAGAAUGGAAAGUCCUUCAAAGAGAAGGAACACUAACCAUGGCCUUGCUAGAAAACCUUCUUCCAGGAAAUGUCUAUCUUAUCAAGAUAUCUGCCUCUAAUGAAGUAGGAGAUGGGCCAUUUUCCAGUGCUGUGGAACUUCCAGUUUUGUUGAAGGGGGAAACCGCCAAUUCGAAGGUUAAACACCCAGAUGGCAGCACAGAGGCUAAAGCUUACUUUGAAGGUUUUUACCAUUUGGAUCAGAAGUCCAUGACAGGAAUUAUUGUUGGAGUUUGCAUUGCCCUAACAUGUAUCCUCAUCUGUGCCCUCAUCUUGAUCUUCCGAAGUAAAGCCAGGAAAUCAUCUGCUAUUAAAGCAAUCCAGCGCAGUAAUAGUCAUUUGGACAGAAUUCCAUCUGAAAAUGCAGAGACACUGACCCCAAUGAUGACACCAAAUUUUGUUGAUACCAAAGGAGGGACACAUCUGAUUAUCAAUAGCUUUGGGCCAAUCAAACAAAAUAAGCAAACCAAAAAGAAAUGGUGGCCUUUCAACUAUAAAGUCAGAAAAAAUGCAAAUAAAAGCAAGACUCAGCAGAGCUUGCACGCAACAUGUGCCUACCAGCCGGGAAACACUGUGCUGACCUAUGAGAAAGAGUCCCCUAUGUCUCCUCACCAACCUUCUCUCCAGAUUUUGUUUGGUCCCAUUGGAGAUUCUGAGCAUUCAAACAACAGUGAAGGCAGCCACGAGACUGGAGACUCAGGGAGAUAUUCCCAUGAUGAAACAGAAAUGACUCACUUGUCAUCAGUCAGCAGCAGUGCUAGCAGCGAGCCCCCAUCACUGAAGCCUUUCAUAGAAUAUGAGCCAAGCCCUGUCUCAGACUCGCCUCACUUUGCACUUGAAGUUCCAUCAUCCUGUACCUUGGAAGCACCAAACCAAAUGUGUACUCCACCUGCAUGCCGCCUUUAACUCCAGUAGCCAUCGGCAUCCAAGUCUUGUCUGUUCAUAAGGACAAUGAGCAGUGAAACAAAGAAAAAUAUUCAGAAAGCCUGGAAUCCAUGUGAGGUUGGCUGCUAGGCCAUUGGGUAUCUUCACUUUGAAUGUUUUCUUUUUUUAUUUUCUUAGUGUAAUAUCACCCACCUUGAAUGUUACCAAAGAAUGUCAAAAAUGUGAAAUGGACUGUUACAUUUCUGACUUUAUUUAAUUGUUUGUCACUGGAGCAAGAGGGACCCUGUUACGAAUCCUUUCUGCUAAAUAUCUACCUCAGUUUACCUACUGGUAAACACCCACGAUAUAUUUAACAACUAUAAGUACCUCUUUGUGUUAGUAGUCAACUUCAGCUACGUAAUAGCAGAUAUCUCAUCAUAGCAGUGUCUUUUUUUUUGUUUGUUUUUAAUAGUUUUUUGUGUGUGAGUGUCCUAGUAUUAUGUUGUUGAAAUUAGGGAUUGUACAGGUACAGCAAAAAGUGCAGUAUUUAAUUUUUUUCAAGUAACAUAUAUCUGAGUUUUAAUAACAUUUUAAAUUCAUACGUAAUAUUAACAGUGUGAUGUAUCUUAUAUUUAACGUAUGGCAGCUAAUGUAAGAAUUGUACAUUUUUUCUAUACAUAUAUAUAUAUAAACAUUGUAUGGGACACAAAACAUAUUGGAGUGCAGCCCCUCAUGACACUCCAUGUUUCAGGCCACAUACACACCAGGAGACUCCUUCUAAAGGCCUGUUACUUUCUUUCCAUUCUAGGGGUUCUUGCACUUAACCUUUUAUGUUUUUUGAGGUCAGAUUUCCUUGUUUGUAGUUUGUUUUUUGAGCCUAUUCUUUUUAUGUUCUGUCUAUUUGUGUAUUGUCUGUCUUCAUUCUUCCUUAUUUUAUUUUUUGACUUCACUCUAACCUGCCCCUUCUUCUUAUUGUUUAUUUUCAAUUUGCUAUAUAUUGGCCUUUGCUUGUCCUGAAUGUGUCUCCAUACACUCCAGUUAUCAUCCACCUGCCAUAAGUUAAUUUAUCUUUAAACAAAAUUGCUAGUAAUCUUGGCCCUGCUUUAUUUGUCAGGCUCCAAUCUAAACUGCUCACUUAAGACAGAAAUAAGAUGGGUCAAGAUUGCUGUGACAUAAUCAAAUUAAGUCAUCAAUUUAUAUGUUAUCCAUAAUCUAAAAUUAAAGAAUUCAAGAAUUGAAAUGUAUUUGAGCACAACAAAAAAAGUUCACAAUAAUUAAGUUGAUUUCAUU